AUGUUCAAUGAAAUUCUUCAAGAAGAAGAACCGUAUGCAGAUCAAUUUCAAAAUUUUGCAGGACGAGGUCCAUUCGGUGCUGUUAAUCAUGCGAAACUAGGAAAUCGACCAAGAAUAAGUGGAAAAACACCGAUUUUUCUGAAACAUUUUAUUCAAAAGUGUUGGCAUCAAAAUCCACGUAAUCGACCGGAUUUUGAACAAAUUUUUCACGAUUUAAAACCAUCAGCUGUUGAAAUUCCUCAUUCGUUUUAA